AUGACGUUUCUCUUUCCAGCGAUACCGUGCGGUGAAAUCAACGCGCCGUCGCCAGUAACCCUCCCUGAAGAACUUAUCGUCCAAAUCCUAUCACUCCUCACCGUUCAAUCUCUCACCCGACUCAAAUGUGUGAGCAAAUCCUGGAACUCCCUCAUCUCCGAUCCAUUCUUCAUCAAUAUGCAUCUCAAGAAAUCAUCGCGAGUCCCACACAUCAUGAUUUGCCUGCGUUAUUUGUCAACUGGAUCGAUAAUCAACCUACUCAAUCCCUUCCACAUACACCGGAAACCCUCGAUCAAUACCUUCACUUUCCCUUUUGAUUCUAAAUAUGACUAUGCUAUAAUUGGUUCUUGCAAUGGAAUCAUCUGUUUUGUCGAGAAUUUUCGAUACUACCGAGAGUUCCAUCUCUUGUUAUGGAACCCAGCAACAAGGUUUUUCUCCAAAACACUAUGCAGUUUUCCAUAUUCUGAACAGACUCUGAAUUCCAAAAUAGAGUUUUCAUUUGGUUAUGAUAAUGUAAGCCACAAAUAUAAGAUGGUGGCCAUCGCGCCUCGUGACGAGCUUAGUGUUUUCACUAUAGGAGAUUAUGUUUGGAGAAAUAUUCAAACUUUUCUCACUGAUUCUUAUCAUUUUACUCCUAUGCAUAGGAGCCGUGGUAUCAGCUGCGGUGUCUAUGUGAGUAAUAGUCUUAAUUGGUUUGCUCUUCAUAACGAUAUAAAUUCUAGUUAUUUUCCUCCGAGGAAUUUUACUGUUGAUGAACUUGUGAUUAUCUCGCUUGAUUUGGGAACUGAGACAUAUACACAGUUUCGGCUUAAGUUUAUUCAAGAUUUUGAUGAAGUGGUAGUUGUUGAGCCAAAUAUUUGCGUGCUGCUGGAAUGUCUUUGUUUUUCUCAUUAUAGUUCAAAAGGGUAUAAUUUUUUUGUAUGGCAGAUGAAGGAAUUUGGAGUUGAAGAAUCUUGGAUGAAAUUGCUUAAAUUUGAUUGUUAUAAAUAUAAUCUACUUCACGUCUAUGUUAUUUGCUAUGGAAUUGUUAAUUUUUUGCCAUUACAUGCUUUUGAGAAUGGAGAUAUGCUGAUAAUGGUAAUGGAGAGGCAACAACUAAUUUUAUAUAGUAGGAGAAAUAAUAAAAUAAUAAUGCUUGAUGCAGUUUGUGAUAGAAUACCUUGGUUUAAUCUCAACCCUUAUGUUGAAAGUUUGGUUUCAAUAGGAUGA